UGUUCAUGGCAGACCGAAUCAGGCGCCAAUACAGUGAGUUCCGGGAAUCUGAGGAUCUUAUGUACUUGCAUAAAGCGGUUUUUUGUUUCUCCAAAUCGUGUCAGUGAGUCUGUUUGUUGUGAUACACCAGUUUUAGCAACAUGUCUGGAACUGCAUUAAUUUACGAUGAGGAAAUGACUCGAUACAAGCUGCUCUGGAAUGACCCGGUGUGUAAGAUUGAGGUACCCGAGCGCUUAACAGUGAGUUAUGAGGCCCUGAAGGGCAAAGGCUUGGAGCAGAGGUGUGUGUGUGUUCCCACUCGCCAAGCUACUGACGAGGAAAUCCUGCUGUAUCACAGUAAUGAGUAUCUUGAAGCUGUGAAACAAACACCACAAAUGAGCUUGGAGGACCUGUUGACUUUUACUCAGCAGUAUGGAGACGUUUAUUUUCAUCCCAAUAUCUAUCACUGUGCUACACUGGCAGUUGGUGCUGCGCUGCAGUUGGUGGACAGCGUUAUGACGGGGAAAGUGAGGAAUGGAAUGGCUCUUGUAAGGCCUCCUGGUCAUCACAGCCAGCGGAGUGAAGCCAGUGGUUUCUGUGUUUUUAACAAUGUUGCCAUAGCCGCCCUAUAUGCCAAGAAACACUAUAACGUCAACAGAGUGUUAAUCGUGGAUUGGGAUGUUCACCAUGGACAAGGAGUGCAGUACUGCUUUGAAGAGGAUUCCAGUGUCCUGUAUUUCUCUUGGCAUCGCUAUGAGCACCAGCAGUUCUGGCCCAACCUUGCUGAGUCUGACUAUGACAGUGUGGGGAAGGGCAAAGGAGCUGGUUUUAACAUCAACCUGCCCUGGAAUAAGGUGGGAAUGACCAACAGUGACUACCUCUCAGCUUUUUUCCAUGUCCUCUUGCCUAUUGCAUACGAGUUUGAUCCUGAGCUGGUGUUUGUCUGUGCAGGGUUUGAUUCUGCUAUAGGAGAUCCAGAGGGUCUCAUGUGUGCUUCUCCAGAGAUUUUUGGCCACCUAACCCAUCUGUUGAUGUCUCUGGCUGGGGGCAGGUUGUGUGUUGUCUUAGAGGGCGGAUACAACUUGACGUCUCUUGCUCAGUCAGUUUGCCAAACUGUACAAACCCUGCUUGGAGAUCCUACCCCAGUCCUGAGUGAUAUUGGUACCCCAUGUCAUAGUGCUCUGGAGUCUGUUCAUAAUGUUCGAGCUGCUCACAAGAACCACUGGUGCUGUCUUAAACACAUAGUCUGCCAUUUGUAUGAGCCAAGCACCAAGCGCUGCAGAGUAGAGAAAAAGGAUGAACAGCAGAAAGAAGAGGCAACUGGACAUCUAUCCUGGCCUGAACCCCUGCCCAGAGAUGCACCUCCCGUGCACACGGCUGCACUGAUCUCUAAAGAGCAGGGGGACUUGCUCCCUGAGGCUUGUCAGUGCCUUGGUGAAAUACCAUCUAAGUGUUUUGAGGAGGCAGAGAAAAUCAGGACUAAACAUUUUCAUGAUGUGACUGAUGAGAAGUCCUUACAGUGCAUCAAGAAUGUUGUUUUACUUUUGGAGAAAAUCAAGAACAAUGAGGUGCGGAAUGGCAUGAUUGUGGUGCCUGAUGCGUUUAUGUCUCUGAAGUGUGCUGUGGAGCAUGCCAUAAACUCGCUGUCAGAGCGGGUGUUGGUAUUGUUCGUGGGGGAUGAUGAUGUUCCAGUGGACACUACCCAUGGGAGAGUGCUCUUGGUGCAGAUCUGCACAAAAGAGCCUGAACGAGUGAAGUCUCUGUAUCAUGUGCCUGUGUGUCUGAACAGGGGUGUGUUCUCCAGCUCGAGUGUCAUGCUUGCAGUGUUGAGUCUGUUCCUGCCCUUGGCAUAUGAGUUUAAUCCAAGCCUGGUGCUGCUGGUUGUGGCAGAGGGAAGUAGUGGUAUGGAGGUGCAUGUGUGGGCUCAGAUCACCAGCCUCCUGCAGGGAGUAGCACAGGGCAGAACUCUAGCACUGCUUAAGGACUGUGACAGAGCCUUGCUGAAAGCUAUAGGAGCCUCUCUCUCUGGGGCUCCCGCUGCAUCGCUCGGGCCUCUCGGUCCUCCUCUGGCUGAUAAUGUGGAGGCAAUAGAGACACAAAGGCAGAGACUGCAGAAGCAGUGGGGGUUACUGUCGAACACUGUUUCGGAAAAUACAACAGAAGAUCAAGGAUAGAUGAAGACGACUCCUGCUGACAUCAGUGUAAUUUAAGUAAAGGAUAGAGGUUACCCAAUUUCUAAUGUGUGAUUAAACUGGAUUUAAAUGUGACAGCAAUGUAUGCUGUUAUAAAAAUACAUUUACCUGUAUAGAUUUGACGUGUGUAUCUGUGUGUGUCUAUGUGUGUAAAAGUCGUCCUACACAGUAGCCCCGAUCCUCUCCUCUCUUGUCUUACACCAGAUUCAAUUCUAUUGGUAAAGUGCAGGUUAAUUAGUCUUAUUUUGACUUUACAUUUUGUAUUAAUUAUUUUUAUAUAAGUAUUUUUUCUUCUUCCUUUCGGAAUUAAUCAUGCUCGCAAUCCAAGGUUUAACUGUAGUGUGUAUUUUUCUUUUUUUUUUUUUUAAAGGCAUGUUAUAAAUAUUGGUCAGUGGAACAUUGAGUAUAAAGAAGAUAAUAGGAACAUGAGGAUUUAAGAUCUUCAGUGGAUAAUAUAAUUAGAUAAUACUAUAGUCAAUUGAUGGACUAUAUAACACAAGUUCAUUUAUGACUAGUUGUAUAUUUUUGUUUUUAUACAAAAAGUUGGUUUUGCUAUGGUAUUUAGAAUUAUAAAUGCAAUUAAAAGGUAAAAUGGAAUUCAUUUAAAAAUGCAAAUCAUUUUUAAACCAGAGUUUUCUGAGGAUAUUCGCAGCUGUGGACUUGGCAGUGGGAGGAGGCAGAGGCAGUAUGGAAGGCCAACCAGUCCAUAAACAUGUCAAUUGUGACUGGUUUGCAGUACUAAUGCAGACAUCAUACUUUUUUGCUAUUAAACUAUACAAGUGGUAAAGUGCUUGCCCUAUCAUCCGGAGAUCGCAAGUUCGAUUCCCGGGUGAUGCUGUAACCUCUCGCAGCUAGAGGCCUAGAUAGAGCUGAUUGGCCAAGCUCUCUCACAGGGAAGAGAAGAGAGGUACUUCGUGCUUCCACAUUAAUGACGGCUCUACAGCUAAUCAGGGGCAUCUGUGAGCUUAUGCCAGUGGAAGGAGCGGAUAGCGCUGUCCUCCGAGUGUGUUACGCCGCCUCUAACGGUGUGUGAGCAAGCAGUUGGAAAAGAUGCGGUCGGUGAUGUCACGUGGGUGAUAGUCUGCAGCCCUACCGACUAAGUGGUAGUAGAAGCUUAAUGUGCGAGCCCCCUGGUGACGGGGAGUAAUUGGACACGACAAAAAAAACAAAAAACUAUACACUGCAAGUAAAACAUUAAGCUGCCUUUGGUUACAUUUAUUUUUUUUUAUUUAUUAUUAUUAUUAUUAUUAUUUUGUGAAAAACAUUUCAGUAAAACAUUGUUUUUGCUUUUCUUUGUUGACAAUUAUAUUAUUUUGUGAAAACUGAAAACAUGCAUUUCAAAAAAGUAAAUGAUUUUAAAUGAUUUUUUUAUAUAUUGUAAACCAUUGUUUAUAAACUUUCUACAUAAAAAUGCU